AUGGAUAUUCUUAAUUAUAAUUGGGUGAAGACGCGAGCCAUCGGGAAAGGAGCGUUCGGCGAAGUGCACAUGGCGAUUCCGCAAUCCCCUAACAUGGAUUAUUCGAAACUUUUGGUUCCUACAAUUGCAGUCAAGUCUGCUGAAUUCAAAGACUCAUCAUCUCUCCAAAAAGAAGGAAGCAUCUUGUUCAUGUUAAAUGAUUGCCCAGGGAUCGUCCAUUGCUAUGGAGAAGAUAUAAGUGAUGAAGGUGACGGAAGGGUCUAUAACCUUUUGCUGGAGUUCGCUCCUGGCGGUUCUCUUAGGAAUCUCAUGCAAAGAAGCAGUGAAAGGAAGUUGCCAGAGUCCGAUGUGAGACGAUACACUAGGAUGAUCCUUAAGGCUCUAAUACACAUACAUGAGAGGGGUUACGCUCACUGUGAUAUCAAGCCUGAGAAUAUUCUUGUUUUCCCAUCUAAUAAUGGUGGGAAUAAUGUGAAGAUAGCUGAUUUUGGGCUAGCACAAAAAACACAAGAUGGUGUAAGAAGUUGUAGUCCUAGAGGUAAUGGUUCACAUUGUGGAGAUAUUCGCUUCGCUUCUAUUUUGCAUGGUUCGAACAUAAGGUCGAUGGACAUAUGGGAUUUGGGGUACAUGGUGGCGGAGAUGCUGACUGGAAAAUCAAUAUGGGAGUAUCGGGAAUUUUGGAUCCUAGGACGUCAACUUUCUUCUGGAGUUAAGAAACCUCGAAAUCGCCAAAAGUGUCAAAUUCCACACAAUUUAUCUAAUACAGGGCGAGAUUUUGUGAUAAAAUGUCUGGAUAGGCGAUCAGAGCAUACGCUGACAGCUGAAAGGCUUCUAAACCAUCCUUUCAUUGUCGGUGAGCCAAAUGAAUUGGUUGAUGAUGAGGAUGAGAUGGUGUCAUCAAGGAUUAGUGUUGAUGGUGGCGAAUGGGUUUCUCGAAUCUCCAUGUUUGGGAUUUUGAGUGGCUCAACAGUAGACCCUUGUUUAUCUGAUCUCACAAAUGUUAGGUGUUUAUAG